AUGUCCCCCGUACAAAUCCGCCCGGCCCAAGAUUCCGAUCUGCCCCAGAUUCGCGCCAUCAACGCCCACUACAUUCUCCACACAGCACUCACAUUCGCGGAGACUCCGCCUCCACACGAGACAUACCAUGCCAAGUUUACCGAACUGGCCGCACGUGAACUCCCGUACCUCGUUGCCGUGGCCAAGAAGUCGACCAAUGAUGUCCUCUCACAAGCCCAAGCCGAUAAUGAUAAUCAGCUAGUUGUACUGGGAUAUGUCUAUCUCUCGCCUUUCCGCGGCCAUCUGACUGCGUAUGCACCGACCGUAGAGUUGAGUUUCUUUUUGCAUCCAACCUACCAUUCCCAGGGAAUUGGAUCGAGACUACUUGCGGAGAUUGUGGCGCAUUUGCGGGAAAGAAGGAUCCGCCACAUAUCCAGCUGA